CGCGAAUACCGCAAUUUCUUUGCUUUUCCUUCACUAAAACACCCUUCAGUGGAAAUAGCAACAGAUAAUUGAAGAUCGUGGACCAUUUUCUGGCAUUGUAUAUUUAGUUGUGUUUUCAAUUAGAACAACAAUACUAGAACUACAAUACAACUAAGUUGUAGAUAUUGCGACUGAAGAAGAAGAGUCUGCAACAUGGCUAGACUGAACAUAGAAGUUAAUGAUGUUAAUGAAAAUAAUGUUAGUGAGAAACUGAAGGCGAAUUCCAUCGAAGCAUUCUAUGAUAAUACUACGAUUUUGGUGACGGGAGCGACAGGUUUUUUAGGGAAAGGCAUCUUGCAGAAACUAAUGCGUGUAUGCUCAAGCAUCAAAACCAUUUUUCUCCUGAUUCGUCCAAAGAAAAACCAAACAAUAGAACAACGAUUUCAGAAGCUCAUAAAUGAUCCCAUUUAUGACAGCAUCAGAGUAAAGCAUCCCUCGAUUUUGAGCAAGAUUCACCCCGUACAGGGUGAUAUAAGUCUGCCAGAUUUAGGUCUUUCGCGAAAAGAUAGGACUAUGUUGACGGAGAAUGUGAACAUAGUGUUUCAUACGGCGGCCACUGUGAAAUUCAAUGAACCAUUGAAUGUGGCUGUCAAUAUAAAUACAGCAGGUACUGCACGCAUAAUCCAACUAUGCAAGGAACUGAAGCAUGUAAUCAGCAUUAUCUACAUAAGUACAGCUUAUAGUAAUGCGCAUUUUCCAGAGAUCGAGGAGAAAGUUUACACCUCAAGUUUGAAACCAUCUAUAGUGAUUGACAUAUGUGAAUAUGGAGACGAAACAUUGAUCAAUCUAUUGCAAGAAAACAUUUUGAAAACUUAUCCAAACACGUACACGUUUUCCAAAAAUUUGGCAGAGCAGAUUAUAUUUAACAAUAGCGAUAUUUUGCCUAUUGCUAUAGUACGACCAAGCAUAAUUGGUGCCUCGAUCGAAGAUCCAUGUCCUGGUUGGCUGGACAAUAUUUUUGGAGUUACAAGUUUGUUUAUGCAAAUCGGCAUGGGUAUUGUAAAGGUAAUACCAGCUAAGAAAAACGCAAACGUGGAUAUAGUACCUAUCGAUUUCGUGGUUAACAUGAUAUUGUGUACCGCAUGGCAUGUAACUCGACAUCCUAAUAACGAAGUUACAGUGUACAACUGUACGAAUAACGCAUACCCACUCAAAUGGGAACAAAUGGUGAAUGCCGUGGUGCAAUGUAACAGAAAAAUACCGAUGAAGAGAGUGUUAUUCUAUCCAUGUUGCUUCAUGGUAGACAACAAAUAUGUUUAUAAUGCUCUAAAUAUAUUUCUACAUAUUUUGCCAGCGUUCGUUAUAGAUACGUUUCUAAAAUUUUCAGGUAGAAAACCAAUAAUGAUGAAAGGCAGUAAUGCUUUUAAUGAAUUGGUUACAAAUGCGCAGCAUUUCAGCAUGCACGAAUGGACUUUUCAUAGAGAUAACGUUAGCAAGAUGAUGGUGGAUGUGGAAAAGUUGAAAGACAAUGAGAUUGUGAAAUUAAAUUGGGAUGUAGAUUGGAAAAGAUAUAUUGCAAUUUAUAUGGCGGGAAUUGAGAAAUUUAUUCUGAAAGAAAAGUCUAAAUCUAUAGUUGCAUCUAGACAGCGAUUAUCAGUAUUGUACUGGAUAUAUCAAAUAAUUCGAAUAUUCGGUAUAACUAUUUUAGCAAUGAUAUUGUAUAUUAUAUAUUGAUCGCCUCAGUGUACAUAUAUAUAUAUAUUUAUAAUACAAUCAAAUAAAAUUUUAUUAAUUUAUAUUAAAUGUACAUAUACAAACAUUGUGUUGGCUCAAUGUAAUAAAAAUUCUUAUUUCCUUUUCAUAAUGUAGAAAUGAUAAUAUUCCUAACAUGUACUUGUACAUAAAUAACAUGUACUUCUUACUUGUACAUAAAUAGCAACUAUUAUCAAUUUUUUAUUUUUGUAUUGUUUAAUUUCAAAUUAUAUUAUUGUCUAAUAUACAAGGUAUGAUACAAUAUACAUGAUACAAUAUUUUUCAAUGCAUUAUUAAAAUGUGUUUAAAAAUGUGAUAAUGAUUAAUACAAAAAUAAAAAUUAAAUAAGCUUACUUUUGCAUUUAAUACUUUCAAUAUUCUAUCAUGUCAUACGUUAUACUUAAUUUUAUCAUAUUAUAUGUUUCCCAUUAUAUAAAUUUAUGAUAGUUACAAUUGCUUUUUACACAUAAAAUUUUAACUUAAGAUACUAUCUAAUCUAGAAAAUAACAGAAAGAUCACAUAAAAUACAAAUUUUAAUUAAAUUUCAUUUAAAUAUAAAUGUAUAUUUUUUGUUUCUAGUACUUUUUCAUAUUUCAUAGCUGUUAAAAGUACUGUAUUUUUUAUUUAUUUGUCUAUUUCUAUACCUUUUAAAAAUCAGAUGGAAACAAAAAAAUUACUCGAUACAAACAGUAAAAAUUUUAACUUACGCAUAUCUUACGUGUUCCGAUUCCCACCAUUGCAAAGGAGCAUCAUAAGGAUCACAGGCUAGGGAAUUUUUUCUCCCUCAUAAUAUGACUUCAGUUGGCAUUGGGUUUUUUAACAUUAUAUUUAUAACAUUGAAAAUAAACAAAAUAUAAUUUUAUCUCCAGACCAAGAACAUCCUGCAUUUAUUUUGUUGUUUUAUAGCCCAUUACAACUGUUUCGGCGAAAAAUUAGUGCAACACAUUGUCAUAAAUUGAUAAAGUAAACACGUUGCACAUUUGUAGCGUCGGACUCAUACAAGAAAUGAAACAUCGCAUAUAUGUGACGCUAGUAGCGGACGUGUAAGGUUGUGUAUGUAAUAAACAUGGCGAAGUAUCUGGGAAUAGAUAGAAUUUGUAAUUUUUGGCGUACAAUAAAAGCAAAUGGUGGUAUUUUAAAUUCUUUGCGUCUUACAUACAGGUUAUUAUAACAAUUAAUAUUUAUUUAUAUCAAUAUAGCUUAUAAUUACUAUUUCAAUUGAAAAUUUUAUACUAACCUAAUUUAGUUUAUUAGAUAUUUAUAAUUGUAUAAUUAUAGAUAUUUAUUUUCUAUCGUACGUUUGACAUAAACGUAUAAAAACAAUUUAACAUUAAUUAUAUUAUGUAAUAUUAUAUUACAGAGUGGAUGAACUAAGAGAUGGUACCUUAGUUGGCAUAGAUAAAUAUGGAAACAAAUAUUAUGAGAAUAAUGAAUACAUGUUUGGUAAGUUCUAAAAAUAAUCAUUUCGUUUAUUUUUCAUUUAUAUUGCAAAUGUGUAAAAUAUUUAUAAAAAUAAUAUUAACAGUAGAGCAAUAUGACUAAAUAAAUUUAUCUUUUAUACAUAAUGGCCUAUUUAAAUCAAUUCAUUUGAAUAUCUUCAAAACAAAUUGACAAUAUUAAAAAAUAUAUUAGACAAAAGUUAAAUUUCAGGGACCACAUUAUCUAAUGUUAGUAUUUUUUAUAUAAUUACAUGAAAGAAAAUGAAAUUGUAUAUUUUUUAAUAGACUAAUUGA